UGCAGCUGCACUAUUGGAAAGUGAAACGUAUAUCCUUAUAUGAAGAUCCUCAAUUUGUGUUUUACAUGAUAACUCCAGUUCUCUCCUUCUCAGAGCCUACUAGUUCCCAAGCAUUUAGAAGAUUUCAUGUCCUAAACUGCUGUAUGGUUAUCUGAUGUGAGAUCCUGUGCUUUUGCCUUUUGCAUGUUGGGAAAGGGCUGGAGAAAAAUCUGCAAAAUCUUCUGGGGCUCUCUGGGUACUACAGUAUGGUUCACAAGAAGGACCUGAAAUCUAAGAGGUCUUCUGCUCUGGAUCCUGCUUCCAUUAACACCAUGGAGCAGUAACCUACGGCCAAGGAAUGGAGCUGGCUGUGAAAACUUCAUGAAGUCUGUGUUCUAGACACAGCGAAAUAAACUGCGGUGUUUGGGGACCAUGGCUACAGACCCACUCACGGAUCUUCAGGAUGACCUGAACUUGGAUGAUACCAACCAGUCCCUCAGCCAGCUCAAACUGGCCCCCUCCAUAGAUGAUAAGAACUGGCCAUCAGAUGAAGUCCCUGCUUUUCCCAAAUCAGAUGACUCCAAAGGCUCCCCUGAGCCUGUCACUCACCUGCAGUGGGAUCAUCCCUACUAUGAUAUCGCCAGGCACCACAUUGUGGAAGUGGCAGACCAGGGUGCACUUGAUGGGGCCCAACCAGGUGAUGACAAAUAUGGAAGAAAAGUCAUUUUGUUCAGUGCUUGCCGGAUGCCCCCAAGUCAUCAACUAGAUCACGUGAAACUCCUGGGGUACCUGAAAUUCACACUGGACCAGUAUGUGGAGAGUGACUACACGCUGGUGUACCUGCACCAUGGCCUGACCAGUGAGAACAAGCCAUCCCUGAGCUGGUUGCGGGAUGCCUACAGGGAAUUUGAUCGCAAAUACAAGAAGAACAUCAAAGCCUUGUAUAUCGUGCACCCAACCAUGUUCAUCAAGACCCUGCUGAUACUCUUCAAGCCUCUGAUCAGCUUUAAAUUUGGACGGAAGAUUUUUUAUGUGAAUUACCUUAGUGAGCUGGAGGAGUAUGUGAAGCUGGAACAGUUGGGGAUCCCAAGCCAAGUGCUAAAGUAUGAUGAAUACCUGAGAUCCCUGCAGAAACCUUUGCAAGUGCCCCAGAAGCCAACACCCCCACGUCCACCACUGCCAAACCAGCAGUUUGGAGUCUCCCUACAGCAUCUCAGGGAGAAGAGCCCUGAUCAGUCUCCUGUUCCUCUGGUGGUCAGAGACACCAUUGCUCACCUGCGGGAGCAUGCUCUUAAUACAGAGGGGAUUUUCCGGAGAUCAGCAAAUACACAGGUUGUCAGAGAGGUCCAGCAAAAAUACAAUAUGGGUGUGCCUGUAGAUUUCCAGGAGUAUGAAGAUGUCCACCUCCCUGCUGUGAUUCUCAAGACCUUCUUGAGGGAGCUACCUGAGCCCCUCCUUACUUUUGGCCUCUACAGCCAUGUUGUCAGCUUCCAGAGUGUGGAGGAGGUGAAACGUGUGGAUGCUGUUCGCAAAACACUCCAGGAUUUGCCAGAAGAAAACUACCAAGUGCUCCGUUUACUGACAGCCUUUCUGGUGCAGGUCUCUGCUCACAGCGACAGAAACAAGAUGACAAACACCAACCUGGCAGUUGUGUUUGGCCCAAAUCUGCUCUGGGCCAAAGAUGUGGCCAUCACUCUAAAAGCCAUCAAUCCCAUCAAUACCUUUACCAAAUUCCUGUUGGACCACCAGAAGGAGCUGUUUGAGGCUGCAGAGGCCUGAACCCAGGCCAGCCCACACCUGCACACUGUGCCCACCUUCCCCUUCUUUGUCUUGGAGCUGUGACCAAGCUGUCUCCAGUACAAAGGGACCAUUGAUCUUCUGGGUGAUGAGCAGAGUGAGGGCUGUGGAGAUGAUGGUGAAAGUGUGCAAGUAAGUGAGCAGGAGACCUGCAGCUCUGGAUGGGCAGGGGAGCUGGUCUCCCAGCUGCUGAGACUGGAGUCCUAAUCCACCUGCGCAGCUUCUCCGGGGCUCAUCACCAGUCUUCUGCCCUAUCAGAUGACCUGCCUUCCUUUCCUCCUUCCCUUAUGUGCAGUUUUUCUGCCCUCCUGGUCCCUUCCUCAGCACAGAUCUUUUUGUUCAAGCUCCCAAUAGCCCCAGCUCACCCCUCCUUGCCUCAGCUGGGCUGUUUGGGCUAGGGCAGGGUUGCUGGGUUUUGUGAUGGAGACAUUCUUACUGUGAGUGCCAUUUCUCAGUACUGAGCAUGCAUCCUGCCUUUCCCCAGGGGCACCUAAAGCAGGGAAGGGAGCAGCAGCCCUUGUGCUUCAGGUAGCAGCAUGUCCUGCACUUGCAGCCACCACUCUAGACCCCCUGCUUUUGGCAGGCAGGUGAAGGACAGGCUCAUGGCAAUGGGCUGUGUUACCUGUCAGACUCCAAAACAAUGAAAGUGAGUUUAGCCCAAGCCCAGCCCCUCUGGUGUCACCCACUCCAGGUACUAUUCAUUGUUUGCUGGACUGUAGCGGGUGACUUGCCUCCUGUGGUUAUCCAGCUCAGGUGUGUUUGUCCCUCCAGCAGCACUUCCAGCCUGGCUGGGAAGGGUCAUGCCAGGCUUGGCUGUGCAUGCAGGCCAGCUGUGACCCUUUGACCACUGGCGAGUCUGAAUGGCAGGAGCAAGUGCCCUGAUGGCACUGAGCUGCUGAACACCAUGAAGAUCCCCAUCUGUCCUGGGGAUGGGGCACUAGGCUUCGUCUUCUGGCACAUGUAUCUAUGCUGACUGGCACAGACUGCCUUGACUAGUUUUUACUUUUUGAGCAUAACUUUCCCCAGCACAGUGUAACAGAGAGCAUGGCCUUGAGGGAAGGUCUGGGGACUGGGGCCAACCCUCACCAUGGAGUGCAACAGGCCUGGAUUACAAAUUUCUGACCAGGUGCUGAGCGCUCGUGCCAAAGCUGUGAGGGAGCAGCUAUUCCAUGCCGAGGGCUUUUGCCGUGUCUCCUCUUGGGUUCAUACCUUCCACCCUGCCAUCUGGUCAGAUGCAUCCUGUAUGCCCUGGACAUAGCUGGAGAGAUCAUGUUCUCUGCAAGGCAGGCUGAGAGUGGGGUGGUUCUGGCACCUCCCUGGAGCAGCUGCGAUACUGUCACAGCAUCUCUGUUGGGUUUGGGUUGCAUCAUUCCCAUUACCUGAGCUAAAAGAGAUCCUUCUCCUCAGCCUGGCCUGUCAGGGUUAAAGGAGGGAACUUCUAGCCUUACUUCACUGGUGUGAUUUAUCUUUGUAUCGUGUGCCUGGGCCAGACCUCCCUGCUGCAUCUGGCCUCAGGGACAAAUCUUUUGGACCAAGCAGAACUGUUUUUUUAAAGCUACUGGAUGCUAAAGAGAAUUUGCUUUUUCAUAAUAUUUUAGCCUGCCUUUAAACACUGACCAGGGGUCGGUGCCCCUGGUGUAGUCAAAGUAAAUGGCAUCUGCUGCAGGAAUUAAGGAGAUUGCUCUUUUUGCUAAACUCUGGAAUGGGGAUGGGUGCAAACAUAGGCAGCUCUGCAAGGCAGCGCAGGUUCAGCCAGCUGCCUUGGAGGAGGCACACUAACGUGGGUGGGAACAGUGAACAAGUAAGUGAACAUUACUAAGACCGGAGCAAGAGAGGUUCUAAGACAGGACUGGAUCUGAUCCUUUCUAGAUACCGGGAGACUUUGCCCUGUGGAGGUUACCAGGCUGCUGACUUCUACAAGUCUCUCUCUUCCAAGAGUAGGAGCAUUCCCUGUUUGGCCAGGACAUGAAUUGCUUCAUCCUGAACAAUUCACAGCAGUAACUAAGUAAAUGUUUUGGAGGGAGAGAUAAUCUGCUCCAAAUUCAUUUGUGAUCUCUUCUCGAGUGAGUUAGCAGGGCGGAUGUGCUGUGGAGGAGUAAUCUGGGGUGGACUAGUGUGGAGAGAGGUGUACUUCCCCCAGUGUUUAAGGGGCAAGGCCAUGGAGGCUGAGGGAGCCUAGUGCAGCUCCUUUUUCCCUGCAGGCAUCCUGCCCUGUGGAGCCUUUGGUAGAGGGAGAAGGAGACUUGGUGCUCUGACUGUGUCUGCAGCUGACACUGGCUUCACCUUCAUCUCUGUAGAGGAGAGGCAAGCCCACUUAACUUCUGGGACAAAUGCCCAAGCUCGGCAGCCUGGAAUCCAAGUGCCUGUGUGCAUGAGGCCUGGCCCUGUGCACUCUCUGGGGAAGUGGCAUGUUCUGACUUUGCAGAGCAGCAAGGACUGUUCCCUGCCCAGUAGCCAGAGGAGCAGUGCUGGAGUAGCUCCUGUCCAGGGGGAAAGUGGGGAAUACUGCAAGUGUCUGAGUUAUGGCUGGAUUUUGGCGGUUUAUUUUAGGGUGUUUUUUGGGAUUUAGGUUGGUUGGGGUUUUUUUUAGUGAAUUCUUGAAAUGACGUUUCCUUUUUUAGCAAAAUAGAGGCUGGUUCAUCCCCUGCUGGCAGGGAUAAAAGCCUGUUCCAGUUCAGUGCUUGCAGAGAGUGUUCAGGGAACUACUACUGCUCAUGGUGGGAAAGUGCUUGCAAAUCCUGGAAGGGACCCACUGUAAAUAUCCCCUUUCCUCUGCUGCUCCUUGUGCUGGAGCUGCUGAGAGCCCUGGAGCAGGCAUAGUAACCAGGGUUGCUUUUGCAGUCUUUUCUCCUGAAUGCCUUGUAUUGAAAUAUUCCUCCAGUGAUCUGAGCAAAGAACUGGCCCGGGCCUGCCUGCAGCCUGUGUCAGGUGGGUGGUGACCAGAGCCUGCUCCUGCCAAGGCCAUGAGGUUAAAUUCCCUCCUCACAUGGGCAGGGUGCUGGCUGGGCAGGGCUUCUCUGCCUUGUAUAGGUCAGGGUGGUAUACAAUUAAGGUGCUGGUCUGUGUCGGUUUUCUCCUGCUAUAGAGCUGCCCAAGGGUCUCUUUCCUGGCUUACUUUUCAGGUUAGCUAUUAGCCAUUUCUUCCUGUGGGGGUACUUGUUCUGCAUCAACCUCCUGCUUUUUAGCAUCUAGAACAUUCCCCUCUGCUAAGCCUCCUGCUGUCUUAAUGGCCUCUGAUCACUCCCUGCCCCAAGCUGUGAACUGACACCAGAGCUUCUGGGCGGUGCAGGGGGUCUGGGGCCAUCCAGAUGCCUUGUGUGCUAAUAUGAGAGAGCUGAGGGCCAGUUUGGUCCCAGUUUCCUUUUUUAUGCACAGGGGCUCCUGUGCAAAAAUUUCUGCUAUGCUUUUGUUGCUGGUGUUCCCUGCCUUCUUUGUUAAUGUUCAUCAGGUGCACGCCUGGGUUUUCACAGUUCACACUGUUUAUUUUCUUUUAAUCUGCACCAAUCUUGUAUUUCACAGUUUGCACUUUUUGUAUUUCAAUAAAAAUCAAAAUGUAAUCUCA